GAGAAAUUCGCCUAAAAAAAGGAAUUUGCGCUGAAAAAAUAACCGCGUUAAAGUGAAAUAGCGUAAAAAGAGAUCGCGUAAAAAAAGGACUGAGUGUAUACUCCAAUUAUCAGAUUUUCAAAGAAAUCACUAUAAAUAAUUGCAGGCGAGUUAAACACUUCUGUCAGUUAUUUAAUGAUUUCAGUAUGUCAAAUUUAAUGGAACUUAUGACAACACGUUUUGAGUCAAAGCGGUAACCUAAUGGACAUUUUCCAAUUUGUAUUUAUCAAUCAAGUUGUGGUGAAGUUUUACACAAUUAAAUGUGACAAUUUGAUUGAAUAACCUUUCUUGAUGCAGUGGGAGCGCGUGUCAUAGAAAUUGUAUAAUUGUCAGUCAGGCGUCAUUGAAUUUGACAUAAUAUAACAUACGCAUAUUUUGACUUUCAAAAUAAUGCGCUUUAUGAUUUGGGAAUUUUUUUCACACUAAGAUUUGGGGAUAUCUAUAGAAUUGCAUACAAUUUUGUAUUCAAAGUCUGCACCAGGACAUCGCUACUUUUAUAUUUCUUUAUUUAUAGAAUCUGCUCUUUAAAGCCUGACAAUAUAUUAUAAAAUAAAUCCAUUUAAAACUAGAUAAGCUCAAGCAAGUGAAUUUGAUCUCUACUUAGAACGAUUUUUGAAUAAACAAAAUAUUGUCGGGAAAUUCUUUUCUAUUGAUAGAGUUUAUAAUAAUAGUUUUAAAUUUAUAAAGGAGCCCAUUAGUAAUGAAAAAUAAAGUUUAUUCAAUACAGGCCUCUUGUCAAUGAAAUUAUUUGUCAAUAUUAUUUCAAAAUCGUUCAGCUAUAAUCAAAUCAACAGUGAACAUUUUUUUAUCUUAGCUUAAAAAAAGAGAAAUACGAGAAAUAUUUUUUUUUGGUCUCACAAAGGCGCGGCAUUCUAUAAGAGAGUAAUGAGCUGUCCUCCACACAGCUUCUACAGCUAGCAUCCGGCAAGUUUUUUAACCUUACAGCGUGAAUUCCGAAGGAAAAAUGUCCACUAUUGUACGUAGCGUGAUCGCAACAACUAGGAAAUAAGAAAAAGCGCGCAAAGAAAUAGGUGCAAAAAUAAAACACACAAAAAAUCGUAAGCAAUAACGGUGUUAAAAGGAAAUCAUACCGCAUGUUGUGCAAUUCAUAUCAAAUCAGCGGCAAUAAUAGCAACAAAAGCAAACAACAACUGGCGUUGUAGUGUCACCGCGGCAAGCGCCGGUUAAGUAAAUGAGAUUUAGCCACCCAUAUUGCCGCGCCCUACGGCGAUAUUUAUUUAUUUUCAUCGCUAUAGCGCUGCUGCCCAUCGCGCUCGUCUAUGUGGUGCGCCUCGACCAGCUCUAUCGCAUCAAAGGAUAUGAGGCGACAAAGUUCAACGAUCAUUUCGGUGAUCAAAGUUUUCGUUAUCCGGUAAUGUUGCUGGGCAAAAAUAAGGAUCUAACUGUAGCGGCAACAGGAAGUUCGCGCAAAAGAUUUUACAAAUAUGCUAAAUAUGUUAAUGAGUCACACGUGCCGGUGUUGCCCGAAGAGUCCGUGCACACGCUCGCACCGAACGAUGUGGAGCGCAUCGAGAAGCGCAUGGAGCGGCGACGGAAGCUGCUGCAAGAGAAGUGCACCGAAUUCGGACUAGAUGUUGUGGGUAACGACACAUGGCACAAGCCCAACGCUUGGGAGUUCUUAGUCAAUAAAAAAUAUCACAUCAUAUGGUGCAAUGUGUUCAAAGCCGCCUCCUCAUCAUGGAUGUUCAAUUUUAAUGUAUUAGCCGGUUAUUCGCCGGAAUUCCUACAACGAACCAAAGAAGUGUUCCUGAAUUUGGCAAGGGAACGUUAUCCACGUGUUACUAUUGAUAAGCUGCGAGAAGCACAAAAUGAUUCGAUUACAUUCAUGAUAGCACGCCAUCCAUUCGAGAGGCUAUUGAGUGCAUAUCGUGAUAAGCUGGUAUUUGCCAUACCGCAUUCCUAUCACGACAAGCUGGGGCGGCGUAUUGUACGCAAAUAUCGCAGCAAAGGUUCGGAUAUGAACUCUCCGAAGUAUCCAACAUUCCCGGAAUUUGUACGUUGGCUUUUGGACCAAAUUAAGCAUGGCAACAUGCAAAUGGAUAUGCAUUUCGUCUCGUCGACGAUGUUCUGCACGCCGUGUGUCAUCAAUUUCGAUGUGAUCAUGAAGUUCGACACACUGGACGAAGAUCAAUUAUAUCUCAUUAACAAGACUGGCCUGACGCGUGUCAUAGCGCCGGAGUGGCGCAAUGCGGGCAAGGGCAAGAACACGCAGGAGUUGCUGAAAUCGUUCUACUCGAAAUUAUCGCCUAAAGAAAUGCAUGGACUGUAUCAAUAUUAUAAAUAUGAUUUCGAACUAUUCAACUACAGCGCGUCAUCGUAUUUCAACCUGGUGCAAGAAAAUGGCACCUGAAAAUAAACGAGCGGCAGCAGCAGUAAGGGCAGCAGCAACAACGCAGUAGCAGCAAUUUAGGCGCUUCACAACGUAGCCGCACUCACCACAGCAACAACGAAGCACACACAUAUAUGCACACAAAUCAACAUAUACACCGACAAAUCAUACAUAUGAACUAACAUACGUACGCGUACAUACAUAUAUGUUAAGUUAAUGCAAAAACCAACCAAAAACAAAAAGAAAUGCAAAAACCAAAAAACGCUCUAAGUAGGACAAAUGAAAUGCACGUAGGAAUUAAGGAUUAGAGAAGGAAGAUAACUGCACGUUAUUUGCUGGCAACGCGUGGACUGAAAGUGAAACAAUCUAGUAGUUUUUUAGAUAUUCCCUUUUUAAUAUUAAUACUUAAAUUAAAUGAGCUCCUUCUAGAUAAAAAAAAUAAAUUAAGUUUAAUCAAUUUAAUUCUACAUAGCCAAAUUUUUUUUCGCAAUUCCAGCUACUUAAUUGGUUGCUCAUUUAUCGCGUUAUUUUCGAACUUUCAGGAAUGCUUUAAGCUUUUAUCCUUAAGCUAGUUACCAUAGUUGCCAGAUAGCGUGUGAAAAAAGUGGAUAUCAUUGGAUGUUGGAGCAUUUUUAAAAAGACACUGUACAAUAAUUUAGCAACGUAGUAUAUAACUGAUAAUUACAAACGCCAUACGCGUAGUUGCAUAUAUGCCUACAUAAAUACAUACAGAUAUUGGUAGUAGUGCUAAGCUUAAAAUGUUUGCUAAAUAUUCAAGUCAGAAUAAAUUAUAAAAUAGUAAAAUAUGCAAUUAUUGAGCACUUGUUCGAUUUAACGAACACGAUAAUGAUGUUUUAGCCAUUUAAAAUUAAUGCUGAGGCGCCUUAAGGUAUGCUAUAAAUAAGUGCAAUGUUGAAAUGAUAUUAUUAUUAUU